AAAAAAACAGAAAUAAAUAAUAGCCACAAAUAAUAGCUUCUGUCAAGUUCAUGGUACGUUCAGCUGCUGCAAGCGCUGAUCCUGCGCUGAGUCAAGAUGACAGUUCACUGGUAUGAAUCAAGAUCGCCAUUUUGUCUGUAAAAGUUAAGCGCUUAAACGCAAUUUUUACGCUAAAGCUGACUCUGUGACAUUACAUUGUUAUUUGUUAUUAAAUAAAGUGAUAGUGGCCAUACGCUAAUGUGAUAAUACGUUUUUUUCCAAACGUACAUAUAUAUGAGAUUUGACACCAACCAAAGCUAUUGUCUCCUACAUUCCUGAGUCUACAAAAACUCGCCGCCGAAGAGCGGCUCUUGAUUGUCCGAGGUAUCGCGGUAGAAACCAGGGUUCGAAUGAUGUGGGACUCUUCUUCGUUCCUGGGCGCCCUGACACCCAAGUUCUAUGUGGCUUUGACAGGCACUUCGUCGCUGAUCUCCGGUCUGAUACUUAUUUUUGAAUGGUGGUAUUUCCGCAAGUAUGGCACUUCGUUUAUCGAACAGGUGUCCCUGACGCACCUUGGACCGUGGUUGGGUGGAGGCGGGGGCAGCAAUGAAGCUGAAAAUGCGGCAGAUUGCAAGGUGUGGCGCAACCCAAUGUCGCUGUUGCGUGGAGCGGAGUACGGGCGCCUGUGGAGCGCGGCCCGGCGCGCGCCUCUCACCUACUACGACAUGAAUUUGUCAGCACAGGAGCACCAAGCUUGGUUCGGCUGCGGCGCUGAGGGCCCGGCGGAGGAGGCGAUGGCGCGCGCGUGGCGCGAGCGCGAGCCGGGAGCGCGCGUGGCGGCCGCCCGCGCCGCGCUGGCCGUGCGCGCGGACUGCGCCGCCGCGUUGCUGCUGCUGGCCGAGGAGGACGCGCCCACCGUGCACGAGGCCGAGCGCACGCUGCGCCGCGCCUGGCGCGCCGCCGAGGCCGCGUGGCGCGCCUCUGCGGCGGCGGGCGCGGCCGAGGCGCGGCGCGACGCCAACGUGCUGGCGCACAUCAAGCGCCGCUCCGCCAUGUGCGCGCGCCGCCUCGGCCGCCUGCGCGACGCCGCGCGCCUGUUCCGCGAGCUGGCGCGCGACGCGCCGCCCGCGCUGCACGCGCUCGCGCUGCACGAGAACCUCAUCGAGGUGCUGCUCGAGCAGAAGGCCUACGCCGAUGUGCAGGCGGUGCUGGCGCGCUACGACGACGUGGGUCUGCCGCGCUCGGCGUGCGUGUGCUACACGGGCGCUCUGCUGCGGGCGCGCGCGGCGGGCGCCAGCGGCGGCGGCGCGGCCGAGCUGGCGGCGCUGGACUCCAUGCGGCGCGCCAUCGAGUUCAACCCGCACGUGCCCGAGUACCUGCUGGAGCUGCGGCCGCUGACGCUGCCGCCGGAGCACGUGCUGCGGCGCGGCGACAGCGAGGCGCUCGCCUACGCGUUCUUCCACCUGCGGCACUGGCGCGCGUGCCCGGGCGCGCUGCGGCUGCUGGGCGCGGCGUGGGCGGCGGCGGAGCGCGGCGCGGGCCACGCGGGCUGCGCGGCGUGCGCGGACCGCGAGCUGCUGCCGGCGCACCACGCGCUGUCCGUGUUCCCGCGGCGGCGCGCGCCCGCGCUGCUGCCGCUGGCGGCGGCGCUGUGCGCGGUCACGGCGCUGCUGGCGCUGCUGGCGCACCGCUGGCCCGCGCAUGCGCACGCGGUCGCUCGCGCCGCCGCCUCGGGGCUGGACCCGCGGCGCCUGCACUCGCUGCUCGCCGCCGUCUGAAUCCCGCGACCGCUCUCUGACUCUGCAUUUAUCUCCGCUGGCGUUUAUUUAUAGUUCAAUAAAAUGUAAUAUUAACCCUUGA